AUGGCCGAAGAAGUUCCACAGAGGAAGUUGGAGACAACUCCAACAUGGGCUAUUGCAGUUGUGUGCUUUGUGAUGCUUGCUAUUUCAAUCCUCAUUGAACACAUUCUUGAAGAACUUGGAAAGUGGUUAAAAAAGAAACACAAAAAGACACUUCAUGAAGCGCUGGAAAAGGUUAAAGGAGAGCUUAUGCUGCUGGGAUUCAUAUCCUUGCUCCUAGCGGUGUUUGAAGAUGAUAUUACUAGUAUCUGCAUCGCAAAAAGCGUUGCAUCCACUUGGCAUCCUUGUGAACCCGAUUAUAAGAGUAAAGAUCCAGAAGGAUAUUUUGACAAAUGCGCAAAAAAGGGUAAAGUUGCGUUUGUGUCUAAAUAUGGGAUUCACCAGCUCCAUAUAUUUCACAUCUUACAGUGCAUCAUAACACUGACUUUGGGUAGGACCAAGAUGUCAAUAUGGAGGAAGUGGGAAGACGAAACAAAGAGUCUUGAACAUCAGUUUUACCAAGAUCCUGAGAGGUUCAGGUUUGCUAGGGAAACAACGUUUGGACGAAGGCACUUGAACUCGUGGAGUCGAUCACCGAUUUUACUAUGGAUAGUUAGCUUCUUCAGACAAUUCUAUGGAUCAGUUAAUAAAGUUGACUAUAUGGCACUACGGCAUGGUUUCAUCGUGGCACAUUUGACUCCAGCAAGCGAGGCAAAAUUUGACUUCCACAACUAUAUCAAGAGAACACUAGAUGAGGAUUUUGUAGUCGUGGUGGGCAUAAGUCCAACUAUAUGGUUUUUUGCAGUGCUAACUCUGCUCACAAAUGCUCAUGAUAUGGCACUGAGGAUUCAAGAUAGGGGGGAAGUGGUCAAGGGUGCACCUGUGGUUGAGCCAGGAGAUGAAUUGUUCUGGUUCAAUAGCCCUCGCCUCGUUCUCUUUCUAAUUCAUCUUGUUCUCUUUCAGAACGCAUUCCAACUGGCGUUUUUUGCUUGGAGCACAUACGACAAUGGUUUCAAAAUAAACUCUUGCUUUCACCGAACCACUGCAGAUGUUGUCAUUAGACUUACAAUGGGGGUUCUCACCCAAGUUCUAUGCAGCUAUGUGACUUUGCCUCUUUAUGCUCUAGUCACACAGAUGGGUUCUACCAUGAAACCCACCAUUUUCAACGAUAAUGUGGCAGCAGCACUAAAAAAGUGGCAUCACUCUGCUAAAAACCAUGUAAAACACAACAAGGAUUCAGCUUCUAACACACCAUUCUCCAGCAGACCAGGAACCCCAACACAUGGCAUGUCUCCAGUGCAUCUGCUUCACAAACACCCUAGACACAGUGAUAGUCCAGUAGUUUCUCCAAGGGCAUACAAUUAUGAAAAUGAUCAAUGGGAUGUUGAAGGGUCAUAUUCUCCAAGCCACCAUGCAAGAGAUCAUAAUCACGGAGAGACCAUGCAGAUGCAGCCUCCAGCAGCAGAAUUGCCUCCCAGUGGACUCGAUCCUAUUCGAGAUCAACAUGAAAUCAGCAUUGCUUUAUCUGAAUUUUCAUUUGGGAGGGGACGCAACCGUGACAGUAACUAG